AUGGAAAGAGGGCAUGCAUACUUACCUCCAGCUUGUUAUACUUUGUCUAAAAAGGAGAAAAUAAGUUUUUGUAGCUAUCUUAAUGGUGUUAAGGUUCCUUCCGGCUAUUCAUCUAAUAUUAAAAAACUUGUUUCAAUGAAGGACCUUAAAUUGGUUGGUAUGAAAUCUCAUGAUUGCCAUGUGUUAAUGCAACAUAUGUUACCUGUUGCUAUUAUAGGCAUAUUACCAAACUAUGUUAGACAAACCAUUACCAAGCUUUGUUACUUUUUCAAUGUCAUUAGUAGUAAAGUUAUUGAUCCAGAGGUGUUAGAUUUGUUGCAAGCUGAUGUGGUAGUAACUUUAUGUCAGUUUGAAAUGUAUUUCCCCCCAUUAUUUUUUUAUGUUAGGGUGCAUUUAACAGUUCACUUGGUGUGGGAAAUUAAAAUGUGUGGUCCUGUAUUUUUGAGGUAUAUGUAUCCAUUUGAGAGAUACAUGAGAAUUUUGAAAGGAUAUGUGAGAAAUCGAUAUCGGCCAGAAGGGAGUAUAAUUGAAGCUUAUGGCGCUGAAGAAGUCAUUGAUUUUUGUAUUGAUUAUUUGUCUAAUGGUGAGUCCAUUGGUGUUCCUAAAUCAUGUCAUGAAGGAAGACUCACAGGAAAAGGUACCAUUGGGUAUAAAGCUAUUCUACCAAGUGCAAAAAUGCGAAAUCAUGCCCAUCAUCUCGUACUACAGCACCUUUCUGAGGUUCAUCCAUACUUGGAUCAACACAUGUCUAUUCUGAGGCAACAAAAUCAUUCUAAAGGUGAAAGAUGGAUAACAAAUGAACACAAUAACACUUUUAUCAGCUGGUUCAAAGAUACAGUGAUGCAAGAGUUAUCUCAAGUGUCCAAUAAUAUCAGUGAAACCAUUCGAUGGUUAGCGUGGGACCCUGGUGUUCUUGUGGACUCUUAUGAAGGAUAUGAUAUUAAUGGGUAUACGUUUUACACAAAAUGUCGAGAUGGAAAAAGUGUGGUGCAAAACAGUGGAAUGACAUUAGUAGCACUAUCAAGAGAGUAUUCUAGUGCUAAAGAUACUAACCUGGUAGAUGCUGCUAUGUCAUACUAUGGAGUCAUUAAAGAAAUUUGGGAACUUGAUUAUAAGGUGUAUAAAAUUUCUCUAUUCCAAUGUUCUUGGGUUGAUAACAGACGGGGUGUCCGAGUAGAUGAUUUGAGUUUUACCUUAGUUGAUCUUGGUCGACUAGGAUAUCAUGAUGAACCGUUUAUACCUGCAUCUCAAGCUAAACAAAUCUUCUAUGUUUCUGAUCCUAUUGAUAGUAAGUGGUCAAUUGUCUUGCAAGGGAAAAGAAGUAUUGUUGGUGUUGGUGAUGUUGUGGAUGAAGAAGAAUAUGACUACUUUGAUGAAAUCCCACCAUUUUCUAUUGGUAUUCAAUCUGACUUUGAUGAAAUCCCACCAUUUUCUAUUGGUAUUCAAUCUGUCUUUGAUGAAAUCCCACCAUUUUCUAUUGGUAUUCAAUCUGUGGCUUUAGGUGAAGAUAACAUUGAUACCAGUUACAUGCGUACUGAUCAUGGAGAAUGA